AAGCUCUGAGGAAAGGGGUGGUUUUUAGUUGUUCUUGUAGAGAUUUCCCUGGCAACGCCCGUGUUGUAGUAGCAGAGACCUGCCUUCUUUUCACCGGCCAGGGUUUUCCAUUGAUUCUGUGGACUGGUGACUGGCUCAGAGCUAGGAAGGCCGUAGCACAGUGUAGUUAAUGCGUCACAGGAGUGUUUUUGCAUUGGCCUUACUCAAGGCUUUUGGAACCGCCCUCUGUUGCACCUUGUACUAUAUUAGUACUUCUCAGACAGGAAGAAUUUUCUUUUCGUGGUGUAGCUGGUCCGGUUACCUUCAGGAAGAUUGGAUAAUCAAGAAAUGACUAACCAAGAGCCUGCUGUGCAUGUGCAAAUGAUGCCUGAAUUCCAGAAAGAUUCAGUUCGCAUCAAGAACCCUCAAAGAGUAGAAGAAAUUAUCUGUGGUCUUAUCAAAGGAGGAGCUGCCAAGCUUCAGAUAAUAACUGACUUUGACAUGACACUAAGUAGAUUCUCCUACCAAGGGAGAAGAUGCCCAACCUGUCACAAUGUCAUUGAUAACUGUAGGCUGGUUACGGAUGAAUGUCAAAAAAAGCUGUUGCAACUGAAGGAAAAAUAUUAUUCUAUUGAGGUUGAUCCUGAUCUUACUGUAGAACAGAAGUACCCUUUUAUGGUAGAAUGGUAUACUAAAUCGCAUGGUUUGCUCGUUGAACAAGGGAUACCAAGAGACAAACUUAGAGAAAUUGUGGCCGAAUCUGAUGUUAUGCUUAAGGAAGGCUAUCAGAAUUUCUUCGACAAGCUCAAACAACACAAAAUCCCUGUGUUCAUAUUUUCGGCCGGCAUUGGGGAUGUAUUAGAGGAAGUUAUCCGUCAGGCUGGUGUUUAUCAUCCGAAUGUGAAAGUCGUGUCCAACUUCAUGGAUUUUGAUGAGAAUGGUGUGCUCAAAGGAUUUAAAGGAGAACUAAUUCACGUAUUUAACAAGCAUGAUGGUGCCUUGAAAAAUACGGAAUAUUUUAAUCAACUCAAAGAUAAUAGCAACAUAAUUCUGCUGGGAGACUCCCAAGGAGACUUAAGAAUGGCAGAUGGAGUAGCCAACGUUGAAAACAUCCUGAAAAUUGGAUAUCUAAAUGAUAGAGUGGAUGAGCUUUUAGAAAAGUACAUGGACUCUUACGAUAUUGUUUUAGUAAAAGAGGAAUCACUGGAGUUAGCCAACUCUAUUUUACAGAAGAUUCUGUAAGCCAGCAUCCUACAAGAAGACCUCUGUCGUGGGUGCAGUCGAUGCAAGAGCUGUUCAUCUGUUCGCCUCACUCCAAGACUCGUAUUCAUAAUGUGUUCUUGCUCUUGAAGUGUCCCCUUCUACCUGAAGUAUUGAAACCAUCGACUAGAAAAAUCCUGAUCUCCAUCUUCUCAAUACACUCCUUACCAUGCAUAUAUAUUUUUUAAAUAAAAAAAAUUAAAAGAAAGAAGUCUUAAGGCCCAAAUUAGAAAAAUAAUUCCCUGAUUUUCCAAAGUUACCUUUGUCGUUCAGUGUUAUCUUGCAGUUUUUGAAGAGUCUUUUUUACACCAGGAAAGUUUGUAGAAAUUUAAAAUGUUUUAUGCAGUGAUGAAAUGAUGUGCAUGAAUUUAAUAUUGUCAUUUUUGUAAUCUGGGAAAAUUUCUGCUGAUGCUGUCACCAUCUCCUGCAGUCGUGUGCUGAUUGGUUAUGUGGGCUUGGGAAAAAUCAAUAUUUACCAGAAAAGAUUGCAUGUCAUAUUUGGGGGGAAAAAAAAAACUUGUCUCCACUUGUCACUAAUCAGUACAAAGUGUUCUCUAUUGGGGCACUGAUAAUAAACAUGAAAAGCUUUUGUA